AGCACCAUCAUGGGGAAGGGCGACCCCAACAAGCCGCAGGGCAAGAUGUCCUCAUACGCCUUCUUUGUGCAGACUUGCCGGGAGAAGCACAAGAAGAAACACCCUGACUCCUCGGCCAACUUCACCGAGUUCUCCAAGAAAUGUCCUGAGAGAUGGAAGAUCAUGUCUGCCAAGGAAAAAUCCAAGUUUGAAGAUAUAGCAAAAAGUGACAAAGCUCGCUAUGACAGGGAGAUGAAAAAUUAUGUUCCUCCCAAAGGUGACAAGAAGGGAAAGAAAAAAGAUCCCAAUGUGCCUAAAAGGCCUCCAUCUGCCUUCUUCCGGUUUUGCUCUGAACAUCACCCAAAGAUCAAAAGUGAACACCCUGUCUUAUCCAUUGGAGAUACUGCAAAAAAAGUGGGUGAAAUGUGGUCUGAGCAGUCAGCCAAAGGUAAAUAA